GUCGCUCACUGAAACACGAGGAUUUGUAAAAGGAAAAAUUUCACCUCGCUACGCAAUGGGGAAGCAGAAGAAACAGAAGAAAUAUGCUGCAAUGAAGAGAAUGAUUAGCUUAAAAGAUCAGAGAAUCCAGGAAAAGGAUCGUGCCAAAACACAACAGAAAAAGAAAGAAGACCCUUCAGCAAUUAAAGAAAAAGAAGUGCCAAAAUAUCCAUCAUGCCUAUUCUUCCAGUACAACACUCAGCUUGGUCCACCUUAUCACAUCCUGGUGGAUACCAACUUUUUCAACUUCUCCAUAAAGGCUAAACUGGACGUAGUACAGUCAAUGAUGGACUGUCUGUAUGCUAAGUGUAUUCCUUGCAUCACAGACUGUGUCAUGGCUGAACUUGAGAAACUGGGAAUGAAGUACAGAGUUGCACUGAGGAUAGCCAAGGAUCCCCGGUUUGAACGUUUACCAUGCACACAUAAGGGAACAUAUGCUGAUGAUUGCUUAGUGCAAAGAGUAACACAACACAAGUGUUACAUUGUGGCCACAGUAGACAGAGACUUGAAAAGACGGAUUCGUAAAAUUCCAGGGGUUCCAAUCAUGUACAUUUCAAAUCACAGGUACAACAUCGAGAGAAUGCCAGACGAUUAUGGUGCUCCGAGACUAUAAUAUUCAGAGGAUGGAUUUUGUGGUGGAGGAAGGUGGAGUCCAAAACUGGGAUGUCACAUUUGUUGAUGUUUAACAUUCAUUUGCACACAUUUUAUCUGUCCUCCCCCAAGGAAGUUUCAUACAAUGUUUUGUAAUUUUGAGUGAAACCUUUUUAUUUUUUUCUGAUCUGCUUGCUUGAGGAUG